GUGCAUGUAUUGACAACACUUUGUCUUUUAUUCUUUCUGUGGCUACGCAGAUGGUGCAGGCAUUCAGCCAAAGCCCAUGUGUUUUGGAAGUGCAGAAAGGAGGAAAAUUCGAACUAUUUGGAGGCAACGUCAGCGGAACCUUCCUCGAGCUAAUCCCAGACAAGAAGAUCCGCAUGCAGUGGCGGUUUGGCAGCUGGCCCCAGAGUCACUACUCCGACGUGACCAUCGACAUUGAGCAGAAGUCGGACUGCACCGAGGUAACACUGACGCAGGACGGGGUCCCGCAGGGAGAGGCGGACCGCACACGCGACGGCUGGCAGCGCCACUAUUGGGACAGCAUGAAGCGAACGUUUGGCUUCGGGGCCAUCCUGUUCUGAGUCGAGAACUGUGUGUGUGUGGCCUGCGUCCCGACCAAAGGCAGGAGAGGAAAUUUGCUUGACUCUGAAAUGCUGCUGUGCACUCCCCGCCACGCGCCGUGUCGGAUAACUACGAUGGGUGGUGGAUUGUGUGCCGACUUUGUGUGAUGCGCUCGUGUUCGGGAUGGGAACAUACUUGGGACAUGACUUUGAAAGUACCAGACUGCCAUGACUGUUUGUGGAGGGAAUGGCGUGCUGGAGCAUCUGGAUACUAAUUCGCACAUUUUUACUGGUCUCCCAUUUUGCAUCGUCUGCUUCGAAGUGUCCUAGUGUGCAACGACUGGGUCCGUGACAUGCACCACAAUAAUGGUAGCAUUUUUUUUUUCGCCGACAGCCUUGAUUUGUUAGCAUAUUAAAAAUAGAUGUCAUGCCACACGUGCAAAUGUCAAGGCAACCUAAAUGAAUUAGAUGAAGCCCAGUGAUGAACUUUUUCCACUCUACUCAAUGGUUGCCUCAGCUUUUUGUGGCUGGCGCGAGUAGCAAAUUGUGCAUGCGGCUGUUUGAUUCAGCAAACAUUUUUUAUUUUUUUUCAUUGCUUUUGCAGUAAAGGUUUUUGUGGCAAAAUGACAUUUGAUUUGACUGAAAGCAUGUCACAAAUACUGCUUUUCAUAAUUUUCAUUCACGUUAUCAAUCUUUAAAAAUCAAGACCUGCAGAAAAAAAAAAAAAAACAGAAGGCAAGUCAGUUUUGUCCACGCUGCCUGUCCAUUUGGAACCUGUCCAACUCUGGUGAUAUUCCAAAACAUUUAUGUGCAAGUGUUGUUGGAAGCUGUAAAUAAAAUGUCCUCAUUAA